CGUAGAAAAAGUUUUCAUCAACAGCCGCCAUUUUGCGCUGGAGAGACUGAGAAGAAUUUCGGAAUUUGUCGUGUAAAUUUUCUGUUUUUUCUUACAUCAUUUUAUCAUAAACUAUACCAUUCCGUGCAUUUUAAAGUGUUAAGUGAAAUCGUGUUGUUGGAUCGCUAAAAUAAGUUCUAUAAAGUGGCAAAAAUCUGGUGAUAUUGUUUUCAUUCAUUGUGCUAGUUCCGACGGAAGAUGGUGAGAGGGUCUGUGUAGCUCUUCGAUUCGGAGCUUUGUAAUGGCGAAUACUUAGUGAGAAUUUGUAAUAUGUGCCUUCAAUGGUGCGAAGGACAUCGAACGAUCGGGAUGUGGGUGAAUUACAUUAUAAUGGAUGACAAAUCGCUUUAAAAUGUUAUUUCUUGAAAAUAUAAGACAUAAAAGUGUUCUUUGAAUCGGCGGGCCGAAUAUUGACGACGGCUUACGUUUAGUAAACAGAGCCAUGGCCGAUCAUCAUGUGGAUGAACCGCCGAAUAAGCGGGCUAAAAUGAUCCGGGACCCUUUCCAGGGUCCCUCGGACGCCGCAGAUGGGUUUUCUAACCUUGACAUGUUCGACCUCGAGAACAACCUCCCAGACGAGCUCAUGGGGGGCUCGUGGGGCGAACAGACCGGCGUGCCGGGCCCCAAGCCCCCCGCGCAGGGCCCAGGGCCCGGGGGGCAGAUGGCCCCGCAGCAGCUCAACGGAGACGAUCCCACUGCUGCAAUGCAGCGGCAAGUUCACAAUCACCUUAUACAACAAGUUUUUUCACAGGGCAAGGCUGGCUUAGUCGGCCACAACAACCCGCUUGGAUUGGGUAGUUUAGGCAGCAAGAGUCCAAAUUUACAGUCUCCCCCCAACGUUUCCGUGUCGAAGGACAUGAUGGGUGGCAUGCACCCGCAACUAAUGCCAAAUACAAGUCAUCCAAAUCAACUACAUUCGAACAUGCCGAUGAACUCUAUUCAAGGUGGCAUGGUGACAAAUGUAGGAGGCAAUAUGAUAGUGACUAAUAGUAAUAUGACCGGUGCUGGGAUGCUCGGGAGCGGCAUCAUCAACAACGUCAACAAACAGCUCCCGCUCAUGGGCAAUAAUCAUCACGGGCCGCAGCACCAUCCGCACGCACAGGCGAUGGGCAACGGCCCGCUGGGCGGUCGCGUGAGCGCGCUGGCGCCGGCGAUGCGCGGCGCGCUGCCGCACCACGCGCGCAUGUCGGCGCCGAGCGGCGGGCACAUCGCGCCCUACCACCCCGCGUACGGCGCGUCGCCCGGCGCGGCCGGCGUGCAGCCGCAGCGGCCGCAGGGGCUGCGCUUCGGCGCGCCCGAGCAGCAGCAGCAGGGCGGCCAGGCGCCGCAGGCCGUGCCGCCCGCGCCCAGCCCGCAGACCCCCGGCGCGCCCGCCGGCGGGCAGAGCCAGCCGCAGGCCGCCACCCAAGGCGCGGCGCCGCCCGGUCCCGGCGGCCCCCAACAGGCGCCCUCGGGCUCCAUCGCGGACCCGGAGAAGCGCAAGCUCAUCCAGCAACAACUGGUGUUGUUGUUGCACGCGCACAAGUGCCAGCGGCGGGAGUCGCAGAACAACGGGGAGACCUGGCAGUGCACGCUGCCCCACUGCAAGACCAUGAAGGGCGUGCUCAACCAUAUGAUGUCCUGUCAAGCCGGCAAGAACUGCGCAGUGCCUCACUGCUCGUCGUCUCGACAAAUCAUAAACCACUGGAAACAUUGCAAUAAAAAUGACUGCCCUGUCUGCCUGCCCCUCAAACAGGCGGAUCGGUCUAGAAAUAAUACACAAAUAAAUGCAGCAGCCUCGGCGCCGCACUCGGGCGUGGCGCCGCCCGGGGUGGGGGUGGGGGUGACGGGCGUGGCGCCGGCGCCGGCGGGGGUGGCGGGGGUGGCGCCGCCGCAGCCCGCGCCGGACAUGAAGCGCGCGUACGAGGCGCUCGGCAUCGCGUGCCCCACCAGCGUGGGCAUGUUCCCGCGCGCGCGCCUGCCCGGCGUCGGCGUCGGCGUGCGCCCGCCGCUCACCGACGUGCAGCCCGGCCAGGGCAUGCAGCCGCUCUUCCAGCACAACAUGCCCGACUCCAUGCAGCACCAGCAGCUGAUGGGAGCCGGCACAAUCCAACUCCCCGGUGGCCCCGUCACCGCCAAUCCCGUCUCUGGCACGAAGGAGUGGCACCAGUCUAUAACAGCCGAUCUCAGAAACCAUCUUGUUCAUAAACUGGUGCAAGCUAUCUUCCCAACGCCGGACCCCACAGCAAUGUUAGAUAAGAGAAUGCACAACCUAGUAGCGUACGCGAGGAAGGUCGAAGGCGACAUGUACGAGAUGGCGAGCACGCGCUCCGAGUACUACCACCUGCUGGCCGAGAAGAUAUACAAGAUACAGAAGGAGCUGGAGGAGAAGAGACAGAAGAGGAAGGAGCAGCAGCUGCAAGCGCAGCAGCAGGGGCUCCAGCAGCCCGGCAUGCCUCCCGGGGGCAAGGUAUGUGCUAAUAUCGACAUGUACGAGAUGGCGAGCACGCGCUCCGAGUACUACCACCUGCUGGCCGAGAAGAUAUACAAGAUACAGAAGGAGCUGGAGAAGAGACAGAAGAGGAAGGAGCAGCAGCUGCAGGCGCAGCAGCAGGGGCUGCAGCAGCCCGGCAUGCCUCCCGGGGGCAAGGUAUGUGCUAAUAUCGACAUGUACGAGAUGGCGAGCACGCGCUCCGAGUACUACCACCUGCUGGCCGAGAAGAUAUACAAGAUACAGAAGGAGCUGGAGAAGAGACAGAAGAGGAAGGAGCAGCAGCUGCAGGCGCAGCAGCAGGGGCUGCAGCAGCCCGGCAUGCCUCCCGGGGGCAAGGUAUGUGCUAAUAUCGACAUGUACGAGAUGGCGAGCACGCGCUCCGAGUACUACCACCUGCUGGCCGAGAAGAUAUACAAGAUACAGAAGGAGCUGGAGAAGAGACAGAAGAGGAAGGAGCAGCAGCUGCAGGCGCAGCAGCAGGGGCUGCAGCAGCCCGGCAUGCCUCCCGGGGGCAAGGUGAUGGCCGGCGCGCGGCCCCCGGGCCCCGGCGGCUCGGGCCCGGCGCGCGCGGGCGCGCCGCUGGGCAUGCGCAUCCCGUCGCCCGGCAUGGGCGGGCUGCUGGCGGGCGGCCGCAUGAGCUUCCCCGCCGCGCCGCCCGGGCCCUCGCCCGGCCUGCCGCCCACGCCCAACGGCGCGCAGCCCGGCAUGUCGCCCUUCCAGGCCAUGGCCUCGCCCGCGCCGCCCGCCGCGCCCGCCGCGCAGUACGCGCCAACCAGCCAGACCAACGGGCCCGCCUCCGUGCAGGACCCCGCCCAGCAGCAGCAGCAGCAGAUGCAGGCCGAACAGGCCAAGAUGCGGCUGUCGGGCGGUCCGGCCGCCAGCCCCUUCAUGAACCACGCGUUCGGGCGGGCGUCGCCGUCGCCGGGCGGGGGCGGGGCCGGGCCGGGCGCGCCCCCCCCGGCCACGCCCAGCACGCCGGCGCCGCCCGAGCCCGCGCCGGCGCCCUCGCCGCCGCCCGACCCGGCGCCCGACGUGCGCGUCAAGGAGGAGCCCGCCGACCCCGACGUCGGCGGGAAGAACAUGCGCGACGAGCCCGCCGACCCCGCAGCCGUCCAGCCCCAGACCAAUGACACCUUCGCCGCCGUCAAGCAGGAGAUCAAGCAAGAGAUUAAGACGGAGGUCAAAGAGGAGCCAGUGGAAGCCACGGGCAGCGUCGACCCGACAAGCGGCCCGAAGCGCAUAUUCGUGUUCAAACCCGAAGACCUACGCCAAGCGCUAAUGCCGACGCUAGAGAAACUUUUCCGCCUCGACGAGUCCUCGCCCUUCCGGCAACCAGUGGACGCACUGGCCCUCGGCAUCCCAGACUACUUUGACAUCGUCACCAAGCCGAUAGACCUGUCCACCAUCAAGAUGAAGCUGGAUCGCGGCGAGUACAAGGACCCCUGGGAGUACGUCGACGACGUGUGGCUCAUGUUCGAUAACGCGUGGCUUUAUAAUAGGAAGAAUUCGAGGGUCUACAGAUAUUGUACAAAGCUGUCAGAGGUGUUCGAGCAGGAGAUCGACCCGGUGAUGCAGAGCCUGGGGUACUGCUGCGGGCGGAAGUACACCUUCAACCCGCAGGUGCUGUGCUGCUACGGCAAGCAGCUGUGCACCAUCCCGAGGGACGCCAAGUACUUCAGCUACCAGAACAGUCUAAAAGCGUAUGGGGUGGUGUCCGAUAGAUACACCUUCUGCCAGAAGUGCUUCAACGACAUCCAGGGCGACACCGUCACGCUCGGCGACGAUCCCAUGCAGACGCAAACCGCUAUCAAAAAGGAUCAGUUCAAAGAGAUGAAAAACGACCACCUGGAACAGGAGCCGUUCGUGGUCUGCAUGGACUGCGGCCGCAAACAGCACCAGAUCUGCGUGCUCCACCACGACUCCAUCUGGCCCCAGGGCUUCUGCUGUGAUAACUGCCUCAAGAAGAAGGGGGCCAAGAGAAAAGAUAACAAGUUCUGCGCUAAGAGGCUGCCCUCGUCCAAGCUCGGGCAGUAUAUAGAGACUAGAGUCAACAACUUCCUUAAGAAGAAAGAGGCAGGCUCGGGGGAGGUGCAUAUCAGGGUGGUGGCGUCCUCGGAUAAGAUGGUGGAAGUGAAGCCGGGCAUGCGGUCGCGAUUCGUCGACUCUGGCGAGCUGUGCGCCGAGUUCCCGUACCGGGCAAAGGCGUUGUUCGCAUUCGAGGAGGUCGACGGCGUCGACGUCUGCUUCUUUGGCAUGCAUGUCCAGGAAUACGGGAGCGAAAGUCCAUCACCGAACACGAGGCGUGUUUACAUAGCAUAUCUAGACUCGGUACACUUCUUCAACCCGCAGCAAUACCGGACGGCGGUGUACCACGAAAUACUAUUAGGUUACCUAGACUACGCCAAGCAACUGGGCUAUACCAUGGCCCACAUCUGGGCCUGCCCGCCCUCAGAGGGAGACGACUACAUUUUCCACUGCCAUCCGCCUGAACAAAAAAUUCCCAAACCGAAAAGACUACAGGAAUGGUACAAGAAGAUGUUAGACAAGGGUAUUAUAGAGAGGAUAAUUUUAGACUACAAGGAUAUUCUUAAGCAAGCGAUGGAGGAUAAUAUCUCGUCGGCGGCGGAGCUGCCUUAUUUCGAGGGGGACUUCUGGCCUAAUGUGCUCGAGGAGUCCAUUAAGGAGCUGGAUCAGGAAGAGGAGGAGAAGAGAAAACAGGCUGAAGCCGCUGAGGCAGUGAUAUUCCAGUCAUCUGAGGAUACCGAGGCCGGCCCCGACGGCAAGAAAAAGGGACAGAAGAAAGCCAAGAAGUCCAACAAGUCGAAAGCGGCGCAGAGGAAAAACAGCAAGAAACAGAGCGACCAGCAGCAGGGCAGCGACCUCAGCGCGAAGAUAUUCGCGACCAUGGAGAAACACAAGGAGGUGUUCUUCGUCAUUAGGCUACAUUCCGCGCAGUCCGCUGCCAGCUUAGCGCCGAUCGGCGACCCCGACCCCCUGGUGAACUGCGACCUCAUGGACGGGCGCGACGCCUUCCUCACCAUGGCGCGCGACCGCCACUACGAGUUCUCCUCCACGCGCCGCGCGCGCUUCUCCACGCUCUGCAUGCUCUACGAGCUGCACAACCAGGGCCAGGACAAGUUCGUCUACACCUGCAACUCGUGCAAGUCCCACGUGGAGACCCGCUACCACUGCACCGUCUGCGACGACUUCGACCUCUGCGUGGUCUGCUACGAGAAGGAGGGGCACCCGCACCGCAUGGAGAAGCUCGGGCUCGACAUCGACGUGGGCUCCUCCCCCGGCGACAUGAAGCAGGCCAACCCGCAGGAGGCGCGCAAGCUCUCCAUCCAGCGCUGCAUCCAGUCGCUGGUGCACGCGUGCCAGUGCCGCGACGCCAACUGCCGGCUGCCCUCGUGCCAGAAGAUGAAGCGCGUCGUCGCGCACACCAAGAUCUGCAAGCGGAAGACGAAGGGCGACUGCCCGAUCUGCAAGCAGCUGAUCGCGCUGUGCUGCUACCACGCCAAGCACUGCCAGGAGACCAAGUGCUCGGUGCCGUUCUGCUCGAGCAUCAAGCAGAAGCUGAAGCAGCAGCAGGUGCAGCAGCGCGUGCAGCAGCAGCAGCUGCUGCGGCGGCGCAUGGCGGCCAUGAACACGCGCGGCAUGCCGCCCGCGGGCCCGAGCCCGCCGCCCACGCCGUCGCUCGGCUCGCCGCCCGCCUCCAAGCCGCAGCCGCACGCGCUGCCACACAACGUGCAGAAGGCGCUGCAGCAGGUGCAGGAAGAGGCGGCGCGGCAGCAGGCGCCGUCGUACGGCAAGCAGGCGGCGGUGGGCGCGCCGCGCGGCGCCGACUGGGCCGCGCGCUACCGCGCCGGCGCGCCGCCGCCGCUCCACCACCCGCUGCACCCGCGCCACGUGCACCCGGCCGCGCUGCAGCAGCACCACCCCGCCGCGCUGCAGCAGCACCAGCACCUCGCCUCGCUGCAGCACCACACGCCGCUGCAGCAACAAGCCCAACAGCAGCAGCAGCAACAAGCGCAGCAGCAGCAAGUCCAGCAGCAGCAGCAGCAGGUGGUGCAGCAGCAGGCGGCGCAGCAGCAGGCGGCGGCGCGGGUGGGCGCCGUGGCGGCGGGCGCGGGCGCGGCGCCGGCGGGGGCGGCGCCGCAGAUGCACCAGAAGGCGCUGCAGCAACUCAUGGCCACGCUGCGCUCGCCCACCAGCCACAACCAGCAGCAGGAGAUCCUGCAGAUACUCAAGUCCAACCCGCCCCUCAUGGCCGCCUUCAUCAAGCAGCGACAGAACGCCCAGAACCAGCAAGCGGCUGGCAACGUGGGCGGCGUGGGCAACGUGAGCGGCGUCGGCGUCGGCGGCGGCGUCGGCGUCGGCUCGCUCGGCGUCGGCGCGCAGCAGCCGCUGCAGCACAUGAUGCAGCAGCCGCGCAUGCAGCCCAUGCAUCAGAUGCUGCCCCAGCAAGGACAGGUAGUCGGCGUGCCGGGGGGCGGCGUGGGCUCGGUCGGCGGAGUGGGCGUGGGCCCCGGCAUGGCGCACGGCGCGGGCUGGCUGCGCGCGGGCGUGGCGCAGGCCGGCGUGCGGCCGUACGGCGUGCGGCACGGCGCGCGCUACUUCGGCGCGGGAGCCCUGCCCCGGUCGCCGCCGGCGUCGUCGCCGCGGCCGGCGGGCGAGCUGCUGCUGCUGCGGCAGUCGCCCGCGCCGCCGCCGCCGCACCCGCCGGACGACCAGCUGCCGCCCAUGACGCCGCAGGACCAGCUGACCAAGUUCGUGGAACAGUUGUAGUGUACAUAGUGCCGCGCCCUGUAAAUAUAGCCCGAGCCCGGCGCCCGCCCGCCCUAUUUAUUUACGAUGAAAUUAUCGUUAGCGACGACUAAAUUAAGUAUUAUGAACGAAUCGAGCGCUCAAUGUACAAAUUGUAAAUAUGAGAGGAGUACACGUGUCCGCUUCUAAUUAAUGUAAGUUGUUCGUAGCGUAGGUACAUUAUGAUACUUAUUCUGUUUAUUGUAAUUAAAUCAUUUUAUAAUAUAAUUAUGUGAUCAUUAUAAA